UAAAGAUUUGAUCCCGCGUGGAUGUGUCUAAUUUAACGGCCAUUAUUUUGAUGCAUAGUUACAUAGGUUGAAGAUGCAAUAUGAUUUUCCCUCAUUUGUCCAAAGUUAUAAUUCUAUCAACGGUACUACACACUAUAUCAGCAUUAGAUGUGUGUAGAGAUACAAUCAACAGCAACUGUCAAUCAUGUGAUAAUACUGUAUAUCCUAUAGAUGACGUAAAUAGACAGAACUGUAUGAGGUCAUGUGGUGUUUGUACAGACACAAACAUUGCCCUUGACAAACCAACAGGACAGAGUUCAACAUUUCUUUAUGGAUCAUCAUUUUCAAGUAAUGCUGUAGAUGGUAAUACUGAUAAUGACUGGGGGAAUGGUCACUGUACACAUACAAACAAUAACAAUGGUAUUGACUGGUGGUGUGUUGAUUUACAACAGAUUUAUAAUAUUGACAGAAUCAAACUAUUUAAUAGAGAUCAAUUUCAAGGAAGAUUGAGUGGGUUUGAGUUAAAGAUAAGUUCUGUUGGUCAGUGUAAUGAGUCAGGAUUUAUAUCAGCUACAUCAUGUUAUAAAGAUACACCACCAACAACACAAGAUAUAUAUACAAUAGAUAGAUGUAAUCAACAACAAUCUUUAUCAGCUAGAACUGUUUUUGUCAGGGUUAAUAAUGAUGAGGUGGUUUCGCUGUGUGAAGUUCAAAUAUUUACUGUACAAUGUAAUACUGGUUACUACAGUACAUCAAGUUCUACAUGCCAACCUUGUGAUAAAUGUCUUAAUAAUACAUGUGAUGCCACUACUGGUGUUUGUACUGAUGGAUGUAAAGAUGGUUAUUAUGAUGAUAAAUGUACAUCACCGUGUAGUGAUAAAUGUACAAACAGUAGAUGUUAUACCAAUCCUUCAUUUUCACAACCACAAUGUACAGAUGGUUGUGUUGGUGGUUAUAAAGGUUCUUACUGUCAAACAUCAUGUCCAGGUAACUGUAGAUCAUGCCAACAAGACGGUUCAUCAUGUAUUGAAUGUAACCAAGGCUGGUAUGGUACAAACUGUGAAUCUCAGUGUCCUGAUAAUUGUGUCGGAGGGUGUGGUAAGAUGGAUGGUAGAUGUACUGACUGUAAACCUGAUACAGCUGGUUCAUACUGUAACAUUACUUGUGGUACAGGGUGUCAACCAACAACAAACCUCACCACAUGUGAUAGAAAUGGUAGAUGUACUAACUGUAUUGUAGGAAGACAUGGCGAUAGAUGUGAUAAGAACUGUAGUACAGGGUGUGAUGGUGGAUGUGAUAGAACUGGUAGAUGCACUACUUGUAUUAUAGGAAGAUAUGGUAAUGGAUGUGAUAUAAACUGUAGUACAGGAUGUGAUGGUGGAUGUAAUAGAGAUGGUGGUAAAUGUACAUCUUGUAUUAAAGGGAAAACUGGAGACAGAUGUGAUGUCAACUGUAAUAAUAAUUGUACAGUUUGUAAUCAGGAUAAUGCCAACUCUUGUACUGAAUGUAAAGAUGGAAGAUGGGGAUCGCCAUGUAGUAAACUAUGUAAUACUAACUGUAAACCAGUUGUUGGUAAAACUGUUGGUAAAUGUGAUAUAACAAGUGGAUUAUGUACUGAUGGAUGUAAAACAGGAUUAUAUAGUAUAGACUGUAAUAAAGAUUGUCCGUCUAACUGUAAAGAUGGUUUAUGUGACCAGAAGUCAGGAGAUUGUAUAGAUGGAAGUUUACCUGAUAAAACAGGAUGUAAUUGUUCAGCAGAAAAGAUAGUGGAAGGUACCAGUAUAAGUCCUAUUGUAAGUGGAAUCAUUGGUGUUCUGUGUGGUAUAGUAGGCACGGUAGCUGUUGGUGUAUCAUAUCAUUUCUACAAGAAAAGACGUCAAUCAAGUCAGCCGAAAGCAGAAAAUGAUCCCGAUUAUGUUUACAGUAAUACAGAUUUAAACCCGACUACUUCUACAACAGAUGAUACGUUAACCACUGGAUAUCAGAAUAUUCCAACUAAUACACGUAAUGUAGACUAUGUCAACCAGUCGUUUAAUACAGAAGACAAUACAAGAAAUAUGUAUGAUACAUUAGAUCUCACACCAGAUAACACACAGCAUACAUACACAACUUUAGGUUCUAACAAAGUCCAUAAGGCAAAACACUAACUCCUGAUAUAAGUGCAUUCUUUGUCUACAGGACCACUCUGUUGAUGCUAUACUAAAUCAGUUUUCAUAAUGAUACCACCGGACAACGGAUCCUAGGACAUGAUGACGAUAUUAGAGAUAUUUAAAUUUAAGGAAGGUUGUUGAAUUAGACAACAUGACAGACAACCAAAUCAAAUGUCCAUUAUUUAAAUUAAACAAAAUUGAGCAGCUAAUCUGUUUUUCUUAGAAGAUUAGAACAAACAAGUAGGCCAAAUAAUCUUUAGACUCGAGCUUAGCGGAUACAAAUAAAAAAAACCUCUUAUUUAUGUUCAAACUUCCAGUAAUUGCCUUUAAAAUUUUGUCGUAUAGCGGUAUAGAAAUCUACAGAAAUCCAUCAUUUAUAUAUAUACCAUGGAUUCAUAAUUAGAUGCAUAAAAUGUUGCUUUGUCUCUAAAUGGAUAUUAAGAAGAUGUCCUGCCAUAUGUUAUGGCCGAUAUCAGGUUAUUAUUUUUCUUUAAAAAUAUAUGAAAUUUUCUAUAUUUGAAUGUGAAAACCAUGGCGCCAAUAUUCGUCCUUGGAUAUAUGUAUAUCCGAAUGACUAAAUAGAACUGUUUAAUUUGUAACACAUAUUUAUAGAUGUACCUAAUCAAAACGAAUAAUAAUUAUAUUAAUUUCACCUAAUUAAAACGUAUAAUAAUUAUAUUAGUUACAUCUAAUUUUAUAUACAUUGUAAAUAAUUAUACUUAAUUAAAACGUGUAGUAAUUAUAUUAGUUACAUCUAAUUUUAUGUACAUAUUAUAGCUAAAGGAAACGUAUAAUAAUUAUAUUAAU